GGCCGUAGUGAGUGAGUGGAAAGCGGAGUCUGCCUGCUGCCUGCCUGCCUGGGAAUUUCAAAGCACAUCAGCGGCCACUGCCAUGGCUGAACGCCGCGCCUUCGCCCAAAAAAUCAGCAGGACUGUGGCAGCAGAGGUCAGGAAGCAGAUCGCUGGCCAGUAUGGAGGCUCCCCACAACUCUUCAAAAACCUCAAUGUUGGGACUGCAACAAGCAACACAGUUCCCCUUACAGAGGCGGUGGAGCCUGUGGAUUUUGAGGAGUACCUCAUCACUCACCCUCCCAUCGUUGAGUCAGGUCCCUUGAGAGAUCUGAUUGAGUUUCCCCCAGAUGAUAUUGAGGUCAUCCACACACCCAGGGAGUGUCGCACAGUGGCGCAAGCCGUCCCUGAGGAAGGGGACACUGAUGCUCAUGUCAGAGACUGUGUCAGAUCUUACACAGAAGACUGGGCUGUCGUCAACAGAAAAUACCAUAAGCUUGGUACAGGCUUUAACCCCAACACUCUAGACAAGCAGAAAGAGCGUCAGAAAGGCCUGCCCAAACAAGUGUUUGAGGCGGAUGAGAUGCCGGACAGCAGCAGCUACCAAGAUGACCAGGAUGACCUGAAGCGGCGGUCGAUGUCUAUAGACGACACCCCACGUGGCAGCUGGGCCUGCAGCAUCUUUGACUUGAAGAACUCCCUCCCUGACGCCCUCCUCCCUCACCUCCUUGACCGUGCCCCUAAUGAGGAGAUUGACAGGCACAACGAAGAGCAUCGCAAGUCUAACCGCCACCGUGAACUCUUUGCUUUGCACCCUGCACUGGAUGAGGAGGAGCCCAUCGAGCGCCACUGUGUGCCUGAAGUACCCAAAGAACACUUUGGCCAGAGACUACUCGUCAAGUGCUUGUCCUUGAAGUUCGAGAUCGAAAUUGAACCGAUAUUUGCUAGUUUGGCCUUAUACGAUGUCAAGGAAAAGAAAAAGAUAUCCGAGAACUUUUUCUUCGACCUAAACUCUGAGCAGACAAAGGGAAUGCUUCGUCCACACAUUCAGACAGCAGCCAUCUCCACGCUGGCACGCUCUGCCAUAUUCUCCAUCACCUACCCCUCCCAGGAUGUCUUCCUCGUCAUCAAGUUGGAAAAGGUACUGCAGCAAGGUGAUAUUGGAGAGUGUGCUGAGCCCUACAUGGUCUUCAAAGAAUCAGAUGCUGCCAAGAAUAAAGAGAAGCUGGAGAAGCUUCGCGGCCAGUCGGAGCAGUUCUGCCAACGUCUUGGCCGCUACCGCAUGCCCUUCGCCUGGACCGCCAUCCAUCUGAUGAACAUUGUGAACAGUGCUGGUAGUCUUGAGAGAGACACGGAGCUGGAGAUGAGCCUCUCAGAGAGGAAAGGCUCAUGGUCAGAGCGGAGGAACUCGAGUAUCAUGGGAAGGCGUUCCCUGGAGAGGACCACCAGUGGAGAUGAGUCAUGCAGUCUGACCGGCUUCAGACCUGCAACACUUACCAUCACCAACUUCUUCAAACAGGAGGGGGAUAGACUAAGUGAUGAGGACUUGUAUAAGUUCCUGGCUGACAUGAGAAGGCCAUCUUCAGUGCUGAGGAGACUCAGACCUAUCACAGCCCAGUUGAAGUUGGACAUUUCUCCAGCUCCAGAGAACCCCCACUAUUGCUUGACCCCUGACCUUCUGCAGGUCAAACCUUACCCAGACAGCAGGGUACGCCCCACCAGGGAGAUCCUGGAGUUCCCUGCCAGGGAUGUCUAUGUGCCAAACACCACAUACAGGAAUCUGCUGUAUGUGAACCCUCAGAGUCUUAACUUCGCUAACCGCCAAGGCUCUGCCCGCAACAUCACAGUCAAAGUGCAAUUUAUGAAUGGAGAGGAUCCAAACAAUGCAAUGCCGGUGAUAUUUGGCAAGUCCAGCUGUGCUGAUUUUGCUAAAGAAGCCUAUACUGCUGUGGUGUACCAUAACAGAUCCCCUGACUUUCAUGAUGAGGUCAAGAUCAAGCUGCCUGCCUCCCUGUCGGACCACCACCACAUUCUCUUCACCUUUUACCACGUCAGCUGUCAGCAGAAGCAGAACACACCACUGGAGACCCCUGUGGGAUACACGUGGAUCCCAAUGCUGCAGAAUGGGCGUCUGCGGACGGGACACUUCUGUCUGCCCGUGUCUCUGGAGAAGCCACCGCAAUCUUACUCUGUUCUCUCACCAGAUGUUCCUCUCCCGGGGAUGAAGUGGGUGGACAACCAUCGAGGAGUUUUUAAUGUGGAAGUUGUGUCAGUUUCAACCAUCCACACGCAGGACCAGUACCUGGAUAAGUUCUUUGCCUUGGUGCACGCCCUGGACGAGCACAUGUUCCCUGUCAGGAUAGGAGACAUGCGCAUCAUGGAGAACAACCUAGAGGCCGAGCUCAAGUCCAGCAUUGCGGCACUCAACUCCUCCCAGCUGGAGCCGGUGGUUCGAUUCCUUCACCUUCUGCUCGACAAGCUGGUGUUGCUUGUAGUGAGGCCGCCAGUCAUCGCUGGGCAGAUAGUGAACCUGGGCCAGGCAUCCUUCGAGGUCAUGGCGUCCAUAGUAAACCGGCUUCAUAAGUAUUUGGACACCAGCCAGGACAUGCAUGGUCGCAACGGCCUGCUGUCCUCCUACAUCCACUACGUCUUCCGCUUGCCCAGCACCGACCCCAACUCACCCUCUCCAGACCCCAACUCUUCCUCAACAGGCCCGGGAGGGUUGGGAGGUUCAGUUCACUAUGCCACCAUGGCUCGCUCAGCUGUUCGACCAGCCAGCCUCAACCUUAACCGCUCCCGUAGCCUUAGCAACAGUAACCCCGACAUCUCCGGUACACCCACCUCUCCUGACGACGAGGUCCGCUCCAUCAUUGGCAGCAAGGGCUUAGACCGCUCCAACUCGUGGGUGCACACCAUGGGCUGUAAGAGUGCCCCCUGGGGAUCCAGCCCUGGGUCCGCUCCAGAAACCAUGCAGGCCAUGGAGCGCUGUGGCAAUCGCAUGUCUUCGCACACUGAGAGCGCCAGUUUCUUGCAAACUUUAACAGGACGGUUGCCCACAAAAAAGCUCUUCCACGAGGAGUUGGCCCUGCAGUGGGUGGUGAGCAGUGGCAGCGUCAGGGAGGGCGCUCUACAACAGGCCUGGUUUUUCUUUGAACUAAUGGUGAAGAGCAUCAUCCACCACCUGUACUUUACCGAUCGCUUAGAGUCUCCCAGGAAGAACCGUUUCCCAGAGCGCUUCAUGGAUGACAUAACAGCCCUGGUCAGCACCAUCGCUGGUGACAUUGUGUCUCGCUUUCAGAAGGACCUAGAGUUGGUAGAGAGACUAAACACUAGUCUGGCCUUCUUCCUCAACGACUUGCUGUCAGUCAUGGACCGAGGCUUUGUCUUCACCCUAAUAAGGGCAUACUGGAAACAGGUGUCCACAAAGCUUUACGCUCUUCAGAACCCAACCCUCGAGUCUUUGAGGCUCGAUUUCUUGAGAAUCGUUUGCAGCCACGAACACUACGUCACCCUCAACCUGCCUUGCAGUCUGCUCACCCCACCUGCCUCGCCUUCCCCCUCUGUGUCUUCAGCAACUUCACAGAGCUCUGGGUUCUCCACACAUGUCCAGGACCAAAAGAUAGCCAACAUGUUUGAGCUGUCUGUCCCCUUCAGAGAACAACACUACCUGGCUGGACUGGUACUGUCUGAACUGUCUGUGAUACUGGACCCAGACAAUGAGGGGAUGUUUGGCCUACAUAAGAAAGUGGUGAGUGUUGUUCAUAACCUCCUGUCAAGCCAUGACUCUGACCCUCGCUACGCUGAUCCUGAGGUCAAGGCCAGAGUCGCCAUGCUUUACCUGCCUCUCAUUGGCAUCGUCAUGGAAACACUACCUCAGCUCCAUGAUUUUACAGAGUCCCAUAACCAGUGGGGUCGGCCAGGCGGUCCCCAGGGGGCAGCGAUGGGCAGCAGUGGAGAAGAGAUAGAGGGAGAGGGUAACAGUAUGAUCAGCCAGACUGUCGCCAUGGCAAUAGCAGGCACCUCUACCCCCACCCCAAUGUCACGACCAAGCAGCUUCUUGCUAAACUCGCAGGCGAGUCGUCAGCACGGGAGCUUCUCAGCCGAGUCAAGUCGUAGUCUGCUCAUCUGUCUGCUGUGGGUGUUGAAGAACGCUGACGAGCUGGUGUUACAGAAGUGGUUCACAGACCUGUCGGUGUCCCAGCUCAACCGCCUGCUGGAUCUUCUCUACCUCUGCGUCUCCUGCUUUGAGUACAAGGCCCAUGUUGUGUUCACCAUGCAGGGGAAGAAGGCGUUUGAACGGAUGAACAGCCUGACCUUUAAGAAGUCCAAAGACAUGAAGGCCAAGCUGGAGGAGGCCAUACUGGGCAGCAUCGGGGCCCGACAGGAGAUGGUGCGACGCAGCCGCGGACAGCUAGAGCGGAGUCCAUCUGGCAGUGCUUUUGGCAGUCAGGAGAACCUUCGCUGGAGGAAGGACAUGACCCACUGGAGACAAAACAGCGAGAAGAUGGACAAGAGUCACAGAUCAGUCAGGACCAGAGCAGAGCUGGAACAUGAAGCACUUAUUGAUGGUAACCUCGCGACAGAGGCCAACUUAAUCAUUCUUGAUACUUUGGAGAUCAUUGUACAGACGGUGUCAGUGACGGAGUCCAAGGAGAGUAUUCUGGGUGGGGUGCUGAAGGUGUUGCUCCACAGCAUGGCCUGCAACCAGAGCGCCCUCUACCUCCAGCAUUGUUUUGCCACACAGAGGGCACUCGUUUCUAAGUUUCCUGAACUGCUGUUCGAAGAAGAAACGGAGCAGUGUGCUGACCUGUGUUUGCGAUUGUUGAGGAGCUGCAGCAGUAGCAUAAGCACCAUCAGAGCCCAUGCCAGCGCCUCCCUCUACCUCCUCAUGAGGCAAAACUUUGAGAUCGGCAAUAAUUUUGCAAGAGUCAAGAUGCAAGUGACCAUGUCUCUGUCUUCACUGGUGGGGACAUCUCAGAAUUUUAACGAGGAGUUUCUGCGUCGCUCACUAAAGACCAUCCUCACCUAUGCAGAGGAGGACCUGGAGCUUAGGGAGACCACGUUCCCAGACCAGGUCCAGGACCUUGUGUUUAACUUGCACAUGAUCCUGUCUGACACAGUCAAGAUGAAGGAACACCAGGAAGAUCCUGAGAUGCUGAUAGAUCUCAUGUACAGGAUUGCAAAGGGUUACCAGACGUCACCAGACCUGCGGCUGACGUGGCUUCAAAACAUGGCUGGUAAACACUCAGAGAGGAACAACCACGCCGAGGCUGCUCAGUGUCUGGUGCACAGCGCCGCUCUGGUUGCAGAAUACCUGAGCAUGCUGGAGGACCGCAAGUAUCUGCCUGUAGGCUGUGUCACCUUUCAGAAUAUUUCCUCCAACGUGCUGGAGGAAUCUGCAGUCUCUGAUGAUGUGGUGUCACCAGACGAGGAGGGCAUUUGCUCAGGGAAAUACUUCACUGAGAUUGGCCUCGUGGGACUCCUGGAGCAGGCUGCUGCCUCUUUCUCCAUGGCGGGCAUGUAUGAGGCUGUAAACGAAGUGUACAAGGUACUGAUCCCUGUCCAUGAAGCUAACAGGGAUGCAAAGAAGCUAGCUACCAUUCAUGGUAAACUACAGGAAGCCUUUGGCAAAAUUGUACAUCAGAGUACUGGCUGGGAGAGGAUGUUUGGUACGUACUUCAGAGUCGGAUUUUACGGUUCAAAAUUUGGCGACUUGGACGAGCAGGAGUUUGUGUACAAAGAGCCUGCCAUCACGAAACUGGCAGAAAUCUCUCACAGGCUGGAGGGUUUCUAUGGAGAGCGAUUUGGAGAGGACCAAGUAGAAGUCAUUAAGGACUCCAACCCAGUGGACAAGUGCAAGCUGGACCCAAAUAAGGCGUUCAUCCAGAUCACAUACGUGGAGCCGUACUUCGACACGUACGAGAUGAAGGACCGCAUCACUUACUUUGACAAGAACUACAACUUGCGACGUUUCGUCUACUGCACCCCCUUCACUCUGGAUGGGCGGGCCCACGGGGACCUGCACGAACAGUUCAAGCGCAAGACCAUCCUCACCACCUCGCACGCUUUCCCUUACAUCAAAACACGCAUCAACAUCAUCCACAAAGAGGAGAUUAUAUCCACACCCAUCGAAGUGGCAAUAGAGGACAUGCAGAAGAAGACUCAGGAGCUGGCCUUUGCCACCCACCAGGACCCUGCUGAUGCAAAGAUGCUGCAGAUGGUCCUGCAGGGAUCAGUGGGAACAACUGUCAACCAGGGUCCUCUGGAGGUGGCUCAGGUGUUUCUGUCAGAGAUUCCCAGUGACCCAAAGCUUUACAGGCACCACAAUAAGCUACGGCUCUGCUUCAAAGACUUCACAAAGAGGUGUGAAGAUGCCCUGCGUAAGAAUAAGAGCCUGAUUGGUCCAGACCAGAAGGAGUACCAGAGGGAGCUGGAGAGGAACUAUCACCGGCUGAAGGAGGCACUGCAGCCCCUCAUCAACAGAAAAAUCCCUCAGCUUUAUAAACCUGUACUGCAGGUCAACUCACACAGAGAUUCCUUCAGCAGAUUGAGUCUUCGCAAGCUUGACAUUUGAAGAUGAAGAAUAAUACAGACACACACACACACACACACACACACACACACACCAGAAAUUGCAAUAUUAAUUUAUUCUCGAGUGUAAAUAGGAGUGUCUUGAAGGUUGGUCAGUGUUUUGGAGAGUGUGCUAAAAGAAAGGCUCAAAGUGUUGCAGCUCGGUACGUCAUUCCAGUGUCUUAAUUUGUUUACAGACAAACUGUUACACAAUCAGAGGGACGAACAAGUGGAUCUUAAAGAUUAAAGAGAUACCUUGGCAUUUAGAAUUUUUCUUUACUGGCCAUUUGUCACACAAAGGGACAAGUCUUUAUAUUUGUCCCUACGCUACCACAGACCACUGAUGUAAACUAAGAAGCCACUGAAUACAAAGAAUGCUCAGAGCUCCCUUUAUUGGUGAAUUAAAGUGCCAAAAAAAACCCCAUAUUUCUUCUGCCAAAUUUCGACAAGUGUCCACAGAAAAGGUACGAUUUUAAAAGUCAAGGUGUCUGUUUAACUAUGUACUGUGUCAAAAAUCUGUAUUCAAUUUCAUGUGUGCACUUUUUUAUUACGGUGUAGCAAUGCAUUUUACAACUUGAAAGUUUAUGUAAUUCAAACCUGGGGGGGAGGAAGAAAAAAUGAAAACAUGCAAAAAAUGGUACCAUUAUUUAUCAUGAUGCUUUAUCAUUUUUAGUUGAAAGAAUGUUUGAGUUAGGUACUUUAAACAUCCUUGUAUAAUUUUAUGUAGUUUUGUUUUGUUUAUUUUAAAUAUUUUACUAAAUAAAUAUUUUAAUGUUCA